AUGCUCAUGAAGCUGCUGUGUUUUGCUGGCCUGUUUGCGGUUGCCGCCGCCGGCAGUUGCCCUUCAAGCACGCUGCAGCUCAUCUCCAAAUGCUACACACCCUAUCUAAAGUUCUUUGGAGCCAGCUGCACCUCCAAAACGCUACCGUCCUACACGGCCUGGACAAUUCCCAGGGAGCUGAUGUACCAAAAUGGAAGCAGCUCCGUGUUUCCGGUUUGUAGUGUGACAAAGACAUUGUACGCCUGCCUCGGUAACAAUGCUCCACUUUCCCUGGAUUGCUACCAGGCAAUGGGGUUGAGCGCCGUGGAAGCGUCCGUCUACCGAACCGACCUCUCCGCCAUGCAAUUCCAGUGUACCGCUGGCGUUAAUGCGCUGUACUCCACCUUUGACUGCUACCGUGCCGCCAGCGUCACCUACAACGCCGCGAUCCAGAAAUGUGAGACUGACUACGCCAAGAAUGUUCAAAGUGAUGUGUGCAAGGCCAUGAACACGAUGAUGGACUGCAAAUCGUCGAUCUAUGGCAAACAGUGCGGCACUGAAGCCAAGUCGCUGAAUUGUGGCAUCGUGAGGACGGCCCUAAACCUCCUCGACGGCUCGUGCAGUGCAAGCGGAAAGUUGAACAAGUGUGCCGCUUGUCAC